CAGGACGGGACCCUCUGAGCUGCUGCCCCCCAUUCCCCAGCCAGGCAGGGAGCGGUGGAGGGUGUGCCCCAGCCCCCUGUGCGCCCUGAUCCACAUGGAGAUACUCGGUGGAUGGGUGCUGUCCAAGAUGCUGGAAAAUUUGAAUUUAACCCCAAAGAUGGGAUCGACAACCCUGCCCUGACACUGACUGAGGACACGGAUGCUGAGGCCGUGGGGGAGCCCCGUUUCUACCUGCUGAGCAAGGACAGCUCCGAGACCUUCGGGUUCUGCCUGCACGAGGAGCGGGGCUGCCAGGGACACAUCGUGCGCCAGAUUGAGCUGGGGGGGGUGGCCCAGCGCAGGGGGCUGCAGGACGGGGACAGGCUCCUCCAGGUCAAUGGCCACUUCGUGGACCACAUGGACCACAUGAGGGUGGUGCAGAGGAUCAAGGCCAGUGGGAAUCAGGUCCUGCUGGCGGUGCUGGAUGGUGAUUCUUACGAAGCUGCCAAAGCCCUGGGCAGGGACCUGUCCGAGAUGCUGCCCCCUGACAUCCGCCCACGCCUCUGCCACGUCACCAGGGACAAGAGCGGCUUUGGCUUCACUGUGUCGGGGCCAGAAGGCACCAAGGGCACCUUCCAGCUGUCAGUGAGGCAGGAUGGGCCAGCGGACAGGGCAGGGGUGCCAGCAGGCUCCUGGCUCCUGGAGCUCAACGGGGACAGCGUGAAGAGCUACUCACACACUCAGCUCACCAAAAAGCUUAAGCAGAGCGGCAGCAAGGUGACCCUGCUGGUGGCAUCCAGUGCCGUGGAGGAGUUUUACCGCCUGCGGGGCCUGCGGGUCCCGGCCGCCCUGGCAGACCCCGCCUGGCUGCCCUUCAAGGCCCGGGAGCUGCGCUUGGAGAAGGGCCCGGCUGGCUACGGGUUCCUGCUCAAGGAGGACGACUGCAUCUCGGGGGGCAUAGGGCAGUUCCUGUGGGAGGUGGAUGAAGGGCUGCCAGCUGAGCAGGCAGGGAUGAAGGAAGGGGACCGUGUCCUGGCGGUGAACGGCGAGAGCAUCGAGGGGCUGGACCACGAGCAGACGGUGCUCAGGAUCCGUGCCCACGAGGAGCGGGUGACGCUGCUGGUCAUCGACCCUGCUGGCGAUGAGUUCUACCACUCAAUCGGGCUGUCCCCUCUGCAGUUCUUCGAGGACAGUGACGCUGCCUCAGGCUCCUGCACACCCUCUCUCAGUGGCUCCCCUGGCCCCUGUCACGUUGAGGUGGCACCAAAGGGACCUGUCUCCUGGCUGGUGGCUGCUGCCAACAGCAUAGAGCUCGCACAGAGCCCGCGCCGGGAGGAGCAGAAGAGGCUGUGCCAGUCCUUUUAGUGGUCCAGGAGCCUCUGGACAGGCUCUCCCACGCAGCACCUCCACCCAGGCCAUGUCUGGCCCCUCAGACCACAGCAUGGACCUUGCACACAUGACUCCUGUGUCUCGGUGCCCGUGACGGGGCUCACAGCAUCCCACCUCCCACAGAUGAUGGAUGUGGCUCCCAGCUUUUGCUGGCCAUGGUGGCAGCUCCUUGUAGCCUGAAGACAGACCUGUGUCUUUGCCAGCCCAGCUGCCUCCAGGAAUUUCUCAGGACACUUCCCCAAAGGCCUUUCCCAGCUCCAGGCUCUGGGAGUUCUCAGGAGAGCCGAGGCACUGCCCUCCAUGCACUGGGGACCUCGAGGCUCAGCUCAGGGCUGACCUUUAGGCUGCUGUGUGAAGAGGGAAAGGAGCAGUGGAGGCCAAUGGGGUGCUGGAGGAACCUCCCACCUCUCCGAUCUGCCCGUGCAUGGACAUUUCUUGUGCUCCUCCCACCCUCCCUGUGAACCUGUGGGCAGUGAGUGCCCACCACCCAGCACGGCACUGUUCCUGCACUGCUCCUGCAUGCCCCGUUUGGGGUGUGAUUAAAGGACAAAUCCACACUGGAUAGUGCUGUGGAGAGGACUGUGAUUUGACAGGACCCAUCUUCUCUCACUGAAGCAACCGAGGGGAUGGGCAGUGGAUGUGGGAAGCUCUCCAGCUGUCCUGACAGGGAGUCCCUGUGGUGAGGCUGAGGCCGCGCAGCACCAACCGCAGCGGGUUUUUCGCAGAGGAUGCCUGGAAGAGGAGAUGAAAAGAGGAUCUGAAGGCAGCAAAGAAACAGAACUGAACCAGGUUUCGA